GUGGAGGUGGAGGUUGGAAUGACAGCACUCCCGUCAGCCAGGGAGGCCGACCGCUGGUGUUGGGAGGCCAGGGAGGGCAGGCCUGUCAUAAGUUCUGGCAGACCCGCGGUGGCUUUGGGGGCGGAGGGGGUGGAUGUAUAUCGGGAGGCGGCGGCGGAGGCUACAGAGGAGGGAACACCUCGCUAAUUGACAACCCUAAAACCGAUGGAGAUGACGGUACAUCGUUCCUCGGUCCAGAUGGAGAGCCAUUCCUUUACCCUUUGAAAGCCAUGGAGGGAGACGGAGAAGUGAUCAUCAGCCCCGUUCAGAACUGCAGCCACUGCGAAAGCGGCGAAUGCCACGAGAGCGAAGACAGCAUCAUCUGCUACUGCGACGAAGACCUCGUCCUGGCCGCAGACGGAGUGUCCUGCAUCAACGCCUCGGAGGCGACCCUGCUGCCUCCCCAGCCGUCUCUCUCCCACCUGGCCCUGGGGCUGUCUGUGGGCACCUCGGCACUCAUCGCCGCCCUGCUGCUGGCUGUUUCUGGAGUCAUGAUAAUGUACAGGCGUAAACACACGGAGCUGCAGUCCAUUCAGCUGGAGUUGCAGAGUCCGGACUGCAAGCUGAGCAAGCUGCGAGCCUCCACCAUCAUGACCGACUACAACCCAAACUACUGCUUCGCCGGCAAGACGGCCACGGUCAGCGACCUGAAGGAGGUGCCGCGCCGCAACAUUUCCCUCACCAGGGGUCUGGGUCACGGUGCGUUUGGGGAGGUCUACGAAGGCCUGGCUGUGGGGAUACCAGGCGAACCGAGUCCGCUGCAGGUGGCCGUAAAGACGCUUCCUGAGGUUUGCUCUGAGCAGGAUGAGCUGGACUUCCUCAUGGAGGCUCUAAUCAUCAGUAAAUUCAACCACCAGAACAUCGUGCGUUGUAUCGGCGUGAGUCUGCAGGCCAUGCCCCGGUUCAUCCUGCUGGAGCUGAUGACUGGAGGAGACCUCAAGACUUUCCUGAGAGAGACUAGACCGCGGCUGGACCAGCCGUCCAGUUUGACCAUGGUAGACCUUCUCAACGUGGCCAGAGACAUCGCCAAGGGCUGCCAGUAUCUGGAGGAGAACCAGUUCAUACACAGGGACAUCGCAGCUCGGAACUGCCUGUUGACCUGCAAAGGCACGGGCCGCGUGGCCAAGAUCGGAGACUUUGGGAUGGCUCGGGACAUUUACAGGGCGAGCUAUUACAGAAAGGGCGGCCGAGCCAUGUUGCCAGUGAAAUGGAUGCCACCCGAAGCCUUCAUGGAGGGCAUCUUCACAUCUAAGACAGACACGUGGUCAUUCGGCGUGCUGCUGUGGGAGAUCUUCUCUCUGGGCUACAUGCCAUAUCCGAGUCGCAGUAACCAGGAAGUGCUGGAGUUUGUUACCAACGGAGGGAGAAUGGACCCGCCUAAAAACUGUCCUGGGCCAGUGUACCGGAUUAUGACCCAGAGCUGGCAGCACCAGCCUGAAGACAGACCCAACUUCUCUACCAUUCUGGAGAGACUGGACUACUGCUUACAGGACCCUGAUGUGGUGACCAUGCCUCUGCCUGUAGAGUAUGGGCCUGUUCCUGAGGAGGAGGAACAAGUACCCACGCACCCUGAGGACCCCCCGGUUCCGACGGUUCUCCUGAAUGCCCAGGUGCCUGAUGGGGAGGCUUCGCAGCAGCCCCCAUCCUAUCCAACAGAGGACAGGAGAGGAGGGGAGCACGCGGUCUUGACCAGCGCAGCUUCGGAGGCCAAAGCACAGACCUCCGCUCCGUCCCAGCCGUGCAUUCACCAGCCUCAGAUGCAGACCUCUGUGACGACAACCAACACAGUCACCUCAGCAGCCCAGUCCACCCUCACUGCCAAGGGACCUCACGCCACAGCCCAGCCCAGCUCAGAGGGGGGGCACAUAAACCUGGCUUUCACCCAGGGUCACCCCCAGGAGAAGGAGGGCCACGGAGGGAAAAACACCAGCCUGUGGAAUCCCACGUACGGCUCGUGGUUCCUGCAGCAGCAGAGGAAGCAGCAGCAGCAGCAGAGGCAGGGAGGGGUGGGCGGACCGGGGGGCAGCGCAGGCAGGGUGCCCGGCGAGGGGCAGGAGCACGUGGGCCGGACUGUCGCUGAAGUGGCGGGCUCACUGGGUCUCCAGCACAAGCAGUUUCAGCAUCAGCUCCAGCAGCAACACCAGCUGCAGCUGCUGCACCAUCAACAGCAGCAGCAGCAGCAGCAGGGUCUCUGCAGGCCGCUGCUGCCUCCCCCACCCCCUCCUGCUGCCCAGUCCCCUCUGCUCUUGGAUUCAACGGCCUUGCCCCCGGUUCCCCUGUACCGGCUGAGACGGUUCCCCUGUGGGAACAUCGGAUACGGCUACCAGGAGCCAGGCCACCCACUGGACGCCAUGCCCCAGCAGGGCACCUCUGUACCAUCCUCGGCGGCCCACCAGAGGGGGGUCCCCAUGCCCGCCCCGAUGACCCUGGCCCGCGCAGGUUUACCCGAGGACAGCCGGCCGCUGCUCGUUACCAUGGGGACAGUGCAGGACACAAGGCUGCCCAGGAUGGAGGGCCACAACGCCACCGUGCUUUAGCCCAGAGGCAUGAAUGCCCCUCAGAUUCGGUUCUAUUUUUCUUGUGACAGAACCUCUCUCUGAAACGGACCUUUUACAGGACAAUCCCCCCCUGGAGACUUUAAGCACAUAAAAAAAAAAAGCUAUGAGAGGUGGACAAAGAAGAAAAUACAGACUAUAAGAAUUUUAAGUCUUAAAAAAUGUAUUUUUUCAUUGCGGUGAGUAAAGCGAGGAGGAAUCCUGCAGAGUCUGACUUUCUUUACGUUUACGGCUGGAAGGACUUUAAGGAGGAGAAUCUUUUUAUUUUACCAGACGGAUGUUUUCGACACAAGCGCUGGUGGCCCAACGCUGCCAGUCGACUGCAGAACCAGAACCACUGGUUCUUCUCAACAGGGAGCACAGCUGUGGUAAAGAACCUAUCAGACUCUUUUUCAAAAACCAUAAACUGAAUUACCAGAUAAAUUUAUACUGGGGGGAAAAAAACUGGAGCAUAAAAAAAAAAAAGUGUAGAUGUUUUGCUUGCCUGCUUGUUUAUUUAUGAAUUCAUUUAUUUAUUAUUUGGAAGUGGCAGUAUAAAUUAUUGAUGGACACCUUUUCAAAUCCAACAUAUUUUUUUUGUUUGAUUUUUUUUUUAUCUGCUUUCAUGUAUUUUUAUCAGUCCUUAGGAAAAAUAAUCCCAAAAGAUGUAACUCAGGUUACAAGAGCCGUUUGUUCUUUAAGGUGGUUUUAAAGGAUUGAAGGCAAACUUUGCAGUCACAUCCCCUGAAGACGGUUUCCUUUUACUCUGUUAAAUAUUUCUUUUUCCUCUACAUACAGAACCCAUUGUUGUUGCUGGAUUGAUCUCGUACUUUGAUUUCCAUCUCAAAUUUGUAUAUUUUCUCCCUCUUCCUAUCCCGGGAUGGCUGUUGUGGAAUAUAAAUGUGGAUGAAGCGGCAGGUUUGCUCUCAUCGUUAACGAGUCUGUCUGCUUUUCUCUGUUCUGAAUGGUUAUCGAUAUUGAGGUGAAAGACUAUUUUUUUGAUGCUUUUGCUUUCAUGGUAUUUGGGAAGUGGUCAGUCCAUGAGCUGUCCUGACACUGAGUAUAUUUAAAGUUUUCUAUUGGCUGAUGAGUUAAUUUUGCUUCGUCUCCAGUGCCGGUGUUUAAACCACGUUCACUCUGUGUUCCUCUUUCCACGGCUCACCUGUCGUUCGAUGUAUAAAAACCCAACUGCACAUGUAAAUGUUGUAGAAUUAUAAAGUAUUGUACCAUGGCUCUGGUAAAAGCUGUACAUUGCCCUU